AUGAGGGGUGUCCAUUCCAAAAGUGAGGCGAUAGGCCUUAGUUGGCGCUCUUCUAAAUGGUUCAUCCUCUCAACAAUCGCGAUCGCGUUGUUCGCGGAAACAUUCCUCUAUGGCUUCCUUGUGCCUAUGUUGCCAUACAUGCUUCGAACGCGACUACAUGUGAGUGAAGGCAACAUUCAGGAACUAACGUCACUUAUGCUCGCCGUGCAUGGAAUGGUCUCGGUUGUUUCAGGUCCGAUCAUCGGCCACUUUGCGGAUAAAACCCCGAGUCGCAAGCUCCCACUACUACUAUCACUUGUCGCGUGUACAGUCGGCACUGGCAUGGUCGCUGGCUCAAACUCGCUUUCUGUGCUCUGUAUUGGCCGUGUGAUGCAGGGUAUUGCUGGAUCCUCAGUGUGGAUCGUUGGCCUCGCGACCGUGGCUGACACCGUGGGUGGAGAUAAUAUGGGCAAGGUCGAGGGCAUAAUGACGUCCUUUCUUUAUUCUGGGUUGAUAGGCGGACCGCUCAUUUCUGGUCUGUCCUUGGAGUACGUGGGCUAUUGGCCUACAUGGUCAUUGCCGCUCUUGCUUCUCAGCAUAGAUUUCUGCGCACGUCUAGUCAUGAUCGAGAGUCGACCUGUGGAAGUUUCUAGUUGCAGACGAGAACUGACAGGGUCGCAAACGUGUGAUGCUACUAGCCCGUUCCUCGCUCCACGCGAAAACCCUCAAACUCGCUCUAAUUCAGGGAACUUCUGGCAUAUUAUCUUCACUGAUAGUAGAGCCCUGACUGCGUUGUUCGUUGCUGUAUCGACAACAACGGUCGGCACAAGCUUCCACGCUACACUCCCCAUUCAUGUGCAGGAAACAUUCGGGUGGGGCCCCGGAGAAAGUGGGUCCUUGUUUGCUUGUCUCAUUAUGCCAACUCUCUUGGUCAGUCCAUUGGCUGGAUGGUUGCGCGAUCGUUUUGGAGUGCGGUAUCCUGCCAUGGCAUCUGCGGUUUUUCAAGCAGUGAUUCUUGGGCUAUUGGGCCUUGCCGGUACGGAUUGUCUCCCUUGGACUAGUGCUAAGACCGGAGGCGGCGCGUUGUACACAGGCUGCAUUCUCGCCCUCGGUCUAGCGCGGCCUUUUACAGCGAAUGUUGGCCCCGUCGAACUUUCUGCCAUUGUUAGAGGCUAUCAAGAGAAGUCGCCCGGUAUCUUCGGACCCGAAGGGGGCAUGUCCCGUGUUUUCUCUCUUGAUGAUGUUGCUGCCUCGCUUGGGACGGUUCUGGGCCCAAUCAUUGCUGGUUUCCUGAAAGAAUAUGCCGGAUAUAUCUAUAUGUGCUGGACUUGGAGUAAGUCAUCUCUUCGACGCAAUGGAUGCAUUUUUAACUCACUUCAGGCGUUUUGUACGCUACCCUUGCUAUUCUUGUAA